AUGCGGCUAAGCUGGGCGCUUGGCCUCGGCCGCGUCGAAUCCGUCGACUACUAUGCCGGCGUCCUUGUGCCUCUGGAGGAGGCUCAUCUGCACAGCCACUCGGCCCGCACGGGCCGCGUGGAAUUCGAGGCUCGCGACUUUGCGCUCGACGACGACGACGACGACGACGACGUUGACGCAACCGGCGCCGGCAAGCAUCGCGGCGACGAGGAGCGCGAGGGCAUGCUCGAGAUGGACGCCGCCGAGUACAGCAUCGACGGCCUGCGCAAGGCGAUGCGCGACGGUCGCCGCGGCCAGUGGAGCGCAUACGAGAUCAAGUCCAAGCUCAUCAACAAGGCCAUCCAGGACAUUGGCAUGGGCUCGUACAACUGGCAGCUCUUUGUCCUCUGCGGCUUCGGCUGGUUCGCGGACAAUCUCUGGCUGCAGGGCGUCUCGCUCACGCUGCCCUCCCUGUCGGCCGAGUUUGGCAUCGACGAAAAGACGGUGCGCUACACGACCAGCGCCUGCUUCGUCGGUCUCUCCGUGGGCAGCUUCCUCUGGGGCAUCGGAUCCGACUUCUUCGGCCGCCGCAUUGCCUUUAACCUGACGUUGCUCAUCACCAGCGUCUUUGGCGUCAUGGCUGCCUAUGCGCAGACCUGGGGCGGCGUCUGCUUCUUCUUCGCCGCCUUUGGCUUUGGUGUCGGCGGGAAUCUGCCCGUCGACGGCGCGCUGUUCCUCGAGUUCCUCCCUGACGCGUCGAGCUCUCUGCUCACACUCUUGUCUGUCUGGUGGCCCAUUGGCCAGCUGGUCUCGUCUCUCGCAGCUUGGUACUUUAUUGCCCAUUGGCCUGUUGAGCAGGGGUGGCGCUACUUCAUCGUCACCAUUGGCAUCGCCACGUUUGCCAUGUUUAUUGUCCGCUUCUUCAUUUUCCACCUACUCGAGUCUCCAAAGUUUCUCCUAAACAAGGGUCGCCAGAACGAAGCUGUGGCAGUCAUUCACGCCUUGGCGUACAGGAACGGCUGCAAGACCUGGCUCACAUCGGCCAUUCUCGACGAGGUCGCUGCCGAGGACUACCAGCGCGCCGGCUCCUCUUCUACUCAACAGCAAUUUAAAACUACCCCCACCACGAACGCUCUCGUGGCCAAGUUGAAGGGGUUCUCGGCCGACCGAAUCCGGCCUCUAUUCCAGACCAAGACACUUGGUCUCGCCACUGCGUUGAUUUGGUUCUGCUGGGCCAGUAUUGGCAUGGGCUACCCCCUCUUCAACGCAUUCUUACCCCAAUACUUUGCUCGUACCAACGGCGCCCAAGACGGCGGCGUACCGUCCGAGACAUCCCCCAUCUCCGACGUAACCUACCGCAACUAUGCCAUCACGUCCAUCAUGGGCGUGCCCGGCAGUAUCCUUGCCGCCUAUCUCGUCGACCACCCUUCGCCGUUCCUCGGCCGCCGCGGGACUCUGGCAAGUUCCACCUUGCUCUCUGCCAUUUUCCUCUUCUUCUUUGUCCUGUUUGGCACCACCCCCACCUCGCAGCUCUUCUUCUCCUGCGUGGAAGCCUUUAGCCAGAACAUCAUGUACGGCGUCUUGUAUGCCUUUACGCCCGAAAUCUUUCCCGCGCCGGUGCGAGGAGCGGGCAGCGGCAUGGCUAGUUUCUUGAACCGCGUGACGGGUCUCAUGGCACCCUUGCUGGCCGCCAACAUGCCUGGCGAUAGCGCCAGCGCUCCCAUCUACUUAUCCGCAGUGCUUAUUCUCGCGGCGUUUGUGGCCAUGUGCCUGAUUCCCAUUGAGACGCGAGGGGCACAGCGUCUAUGA